AUGAUCAUUCUGAGCCUUGUUGUCUUGGCGUCCUUGGUGUCCAGAAGCAGUCAGUUAACGUGUCUAAGUGAUUUUCGACGUCCAGAACACACUGACAUCUCAGUUGAAUGUGGCACAUCUUCGAUUGGCCUGGCUAUCCAAAUCUGCCCUGUCGUCUACACGGGCUACAACGAGUCUCUGCUCAUCCUCAACCACAUGUUUGACAAGCUGGAGUGUAAAGGAACCUUGGAUGAAUCCGUCACCCCUCCUGUUGUCAGGUUUACCUUCCCCCUCAACAUGACCAACGCUUGCGGCAGCACAUUCAUGACCACCAGCACAGCCGGCACAGGGAUCUUUGCUGACUUCUCAAACAUCCAGACGGUUAAUGUCAGUGGUGUGGUGCGCUCCCACGAUCCAACCACGGGGGUAGUCACCUAUAAUGCUGAGCUCAAGUAUUAUUAUUCCUGUGCAUACCCACUGGAGUAUCUCAUCAACAACACCCAAGUGGACGUGUCAGCAUCUUCCAUUGCAGUGAGGGACAACAAUGGAAGCUUCAUCAGCACUUUAAGCAUGGAACUCUUCAGUGAUAAGAACUACACCAAGCCUCUCAUCAUACCAUCGCUGGGCUUAGAGCUUCGAACCAAAGUCUAUGUCCAGGUCAAAGCAGCCAACCUGACUGAUCAGUACAAUGUCCUCAUGGACCGAUGCUACGCUUCCAUCUCUCCUCAUCCCACCAACUCCACUUUCUUCAACCUGUUUGUCUCGUGCUCGAGGGAUCAGAUGACCACCAUGAAGGAGAACGGGGACAGUCACCACGCCCGCUUCUCUUUCCCGGCCUUCAGGUUUGUUGAGCAGCAGAAUCAGACGGUGUCCACCUACUAUCUGCACUGCAUCACCAGACUGUGUGAGAUCAGCACCUGCAAUGACUUUAAGCAAUGUAACAACAGGAGGAAAAGAGAUGUUCGUACUGGUGUUUCCGAAGCCACCACCCUGUCCUCGGCCAUUCCCAUUGUCACCAAAAAUGAGAACUCACUGACGGAGUCUAAAGAAGGAGUUCAGUCCAGCAGUGACUCGGACUCCAGGAUGGGUCUCGGGAUAGCGGUGGGCAUCCUAACUCUGGCAGUUGUUGUGAUUGGAGCUGGAGCAGCGAUCCUUUACCAAAGAACCAGACGCUUUUAA